AUGACGACCCGCAAGCACAACGACUUCCUAGACAUCGCAGUCAGCGACGACGAUGCCAGCGCCAGCGACCGCGGCUACGACUCCGAAGCCAACGCUGACAGCAAAGGACGAGCCGUGAAGCGACGCCGGACAACGACGCGGGCUUCUCUCUCCGGCUCUGACGAAGACGAAGAUCAAGACCAAGACCACAAAGACGAAAGCGAUAACGAGGACGGCGGUGCACUUCUAGAGGUUUCCGAAGAACCCAGCAAAAGCACCGAAAAGUCCGCCAAAUCACUCAAAGCAAAGGGCAAACUAGCCAAACUGGCAAAGCCACCCAAGAAAGAUAAAUCAGGCGUCAUUUACUUCUCUUCUCUCCCACCAUACCUCAAACCCUUCGCAUUGAAAGGCUUACUCGAGAAACGCGGUUUCGACGGUAUCACAAAAGUAUUCUUAGCACCACUUCUCCCAUCCGCAGCAGGCCACAAACAGCGCAGCAAUAAGCGAAAGCUCUAUACGGAAGGAUGGGUGGAGUUUAAGAAUCGCAAGACGGCCAAGAUCUGCGCGGAGACGUUGAAUGCGACAAUUGUCGGUGGUCCGAAGUCUAGCUGGUAUCACGACGAUGUGUGGAACAUAAAGUAUCUGCGCCGAUACACUUGGUCUGAUUUGAUGGAGCAGAUUCAGCGUGAGAGAGCUGAGCGUGAGGCGCGCAUGCGCAUUGAGACUUCUCGUGCGCAGAAGGAGGCGAAGGUGUUUAUUGAGGGUGUGGAGAAUGGGCGGGUUGCGGAUGGUAUGGCGAAAAAGAAUGAGGAGAAGAUGAAGAGGAGGUUGAAGGAUGCCGAGGCUAAAGAGGGGGAGAAGGAGGAUAUGCAGUCUAAGAAGGCUGUGUCUACGAAACGGCGGUUCCAUUUCCAGCAGAAUGAGGUUGUUGGGGGGGCUAAGGAUGGGGCUGUUGCUGAUGAUGCCAAGCGAGUGCUUGGGAAGAUUUUCUAG